GUGAGACCUCCACUAUCCGCAAGCCAUGGCGCAAAGACGAGUGUGUGCUUUUUGGCUUGAUCGCUUGAGCCUGCUUGAGCCUCAGUCAGUCAAUGAAGAGAUCAGUUGCAAGUGGCGGGUUUUGGCUUCCUCCUCGGCAUGGCAAGCCUUCCCCAUGCAGUAUGUGGCUGUAUAAAGACAUCAUAGAACUAGAUCCAAAUGUGGAGGGUUGUAAAUGAUGGCCUUGGAUGUGUUUCUUUUUCCAUUUGACGAUGUUUCGGCAUGCCCAAAGCCUGGCUCAAAGCAAUGAAUGCAAGUUUCACGUACUGAACCCCUCGUGAUUUUCCAUACCUUUUGACCUUAUGCCAUUGAACGCCCUCUAUGGCUACUAUGUCUACGACCACAUCAAUGAGGCACCGCGGAUCUUUCACAUCGCUGGCUUCCUGGGCUCUUUGGGCUUAGUUCUCACCACGGCCUUCUCCUUGCACCAUGUGUUUCACGACCAGAUGACACUAGAACAAACAUUGCAUCGAGAAGGUCAUGCGGUGACGCCCAUGAAUGUCCAGCUUGCAAUGGCAAUUAGCACUCUGCCAAUCUUCACUGCAGGAGUGGCUUACACCUGCAUUUGGGUGCCUGCACUUGGCUUUGUCCUGGAACUGCUAAUUGCCAUCUUUUCCUGCAUUGCCAUUGGGUCUUUAGUGCAGUAUUUUCUCCAAGCUUUGGGGGAGCCACCAGCGCCAAGGCGUCUCAUGCGCAAGGUGCCUAAGAGACGAUGGUGGUGUGGCUCCCUGUGCGGAGGUGUCAACGACAUGCUUCCCGCGCUGGGCUGCUUUUGGAGCAAGGAGCCGCACAGACUGCAACUGCAUGAUCUCCGCUUCGCAUUCCGGGUGGUGGCAUUUUUUAUUUGGAGCUAUGUGAUUUUGAGCACCUGGCAAGCGGCCGUCAGCAUGGUGCCAACACAGGUGGAGCGUCUCCCUGGGGGCUGGUGCGUGUACCCAAAGCCCAUCGGAAAUAGCAUGCAGGUCAUCCUCAUUGUGUUCGCUAUUCUGUCUACAUUUGUCGGAACGGCUGGUCUUUCCAUCAUAGCCAAUGGCGUGGCCUAUGCACUUGGUGAGGCCGAUGCAGACCUGGGGAAGGAGAAGUACAAUGUCCUGAAGAAAGCUGGUGUUGGACAAAUCUAUUUGCAACUGCCGUUGCUGAAAGUCUUUAUGAGCUUCCUUCCGAUUCAUUUCUCGACUCCCACGGUGAUGGUGCCCAAGACUUCCACUUCUAUUCUGCUUCCAUAUGGUGGCUGGCAGACCUCUGGAGAGUAUGUACCCUGCCCGGUCUAUGAUCACGAUGUAGUGGUACACAUGAUGUACUGCACUGUGGUGACGAUGCUAAUGGCCCUCACCUCCUACCACAAUAUGAAGCUUUACAUUCCUUCUCGAGAUCGGGAUGUUGCAAAGCAGCUGAGAGAAGAAUUGGAAUCGCGGCUUCUCGCCAGCGGCGAUGACGAGGACAUGCAAGGAACGGAUACCUCGAUGGGUCCCCGGCCCUAACCUGUUGACCUUCGCAUCCACCGGAAGAACAAGUUGAAGAUCCGUGCAACAGUGUGAGAGUCUGUUUUCAGUCCGGACUCGAGGACCUUGGCGCGGAAAAGCAUUCAUCGGAGGAUCAUGUUUUGUUUGACUCAUUGGCACAGUCCUUGCGAUCUCUCCAGCUAACUCUUGCUAUCUCUCUCCAGCUGAUCCUUUCUCCAUUUGUUUGGAUUGGUGAACUAAGGUGGUUUUAGCUCAACGACGUGUGAAUUGCGCACGAUCAUGCUUGGGUCCUUUCCAGCGAGAACAGCGCCAGAAUCUGAAGCACUCAUUUAGUCAAUUCCGUUCGGCC